CGCUUUCUUCACGGCCUCUGGGAUUCAACCAUUUUCUUUCCAUUCGUUGCUACACCAUUUUCAAUGUUUCAUCACUACCGUUUUAUAAUCUCAUCCACUCCUCAAUUUAAAACCAGUAGAAAACCCUAAACUCGUACGAAACCUCAAUUAAUCAAUUCGAAAAGUCUUAUCUUCUCCUCCUCGAUUCCUCAAUUAUUCCAUGGCUGGGCUGGCGCAGGAGCAGGAGCAGGCUCUCCCUCUCCUCGCUUCAGCGAAAAACCAUGGGGAUUUGGCCGUAAAGCUGUCAUCCUUGAAGCAAGUCAAGGACAUACUGUUAUCCGCGGAGCCUUCUCACGCCGCAGAGCUCUUUCCGUACUUGGUUGAGCUUCAGUCUUCCCGGGAAACGCUUGUGCGUAAAUACCUCCUUGAAGUAAUUGAUGAGAUUGGAGCGAAAUGUAUGGAGCAUUUAUCCAUAUUGUUGCCUAUCUUGUUGAAGUUCUUAAAAGAUAAUAAUUCAAUGGUUGCAAAGCAAUCUAUUAUCACCGGCACAAAGAUCUUAUGUAGCAUGUUGGAAGACUUAUCAUUGCAGUUUCAACGGCGUGGUAGAGUUGAGAGGUGGCUUGAAGAGCUGUGGAUGUGGAUGAUUAAGUACAAGGAUGCUGUUUUCAACGUUAUCUUUGAGGCUGGUUCUGUUGGUCCAAAGUUGCUAGCAAUAAAGUUUCUGGAAACAUACAUUUUAUAUUUUACACAGGAUACAAACGAUUAUGAAAAAGUUGCACCAGAAGUUACUACAAGGCAUGGAAUGGCAUUUAACAUCUCAAUGCUGGUUGAUUGUCAUCCUGUUCUGGAUCUACCUGCACUUGUAUCAGAUGCAAAUAGAUAUUUUGGAAUUUUACUGGAUUUGUUGCGAUCAGCUGGCAAUCUUCCUGGUUCAUUGACAAUUUCUGUUGUUAAUAGUCUUGCAGUGAUAGCAAGGAAAAGACCUAUGUACUAUCCCUCCGUCCUCUCGGCACUUCUUGACUUUAAUGUGAACUCUGAGACAGUGAAGGGUCAACAUAUUAUUCAGUAUUCUCUAAGAACUGCAUUUUUAGGAUUUAUGAGGUGUACUCAACCUGUCAUUGUUGAGUCGAGAGAGAGAUUGCUUAAGGCAUUACGAGCUAUGAAUGCAGGAGAUGCUGCUGAUCAUGUUAUCCGACAAGUGGAUAAAAUUAUGAGAAGUAAUGAGCGUGCUUCGCGGGAUUUGCGGUUGAGCAAGGAUGACCAGCAAUCAGAUCAGCUGCCUAUUUUAGGAGAUAUGAUGAGGAAAAGGUCGGCACCAAUGGAGAAUGAAGAUUCAAAUAAUACUAAUGAUGUAACUUAUAAAAGGUUACGUUAUGGUGGCCCUCAAGGUGUCACAGAUUCAAGACUUGACGUGAAUGAUGCUGGGCAGGAUCACGUCGACGGGAUAUCUCUUAAGGCUCCUCUGUUGGAUCAGGAUCUGACUCCUGUUGAACAGAUGAUUGCCAUGAUUGGUGCUUUAAUUGCAGAAGGAGAAAGAGGCUUUGAAUCUCUUGAAAUUCUUAUAUCCAACAUUCAUCCAGAUUUACUAGCAGAGAUAGUCAUAACUAAUAUGAAGCACUUUCCGAGGAAUCUGCCUCCCUUUCCCCCCACAGCAUUUGAUAACCUGCAAUUAAAUUGUCAAAGUGAUUCUCCAAGUCCCUCCGGGGGUGUGGCACCAAAUGGUUCCUUAUCCAUGCAGACUUUGGGACUUGCCGCUCAACUACCUGUAUCUUCAUCAAGCAUGACAAGCCUUCCAUCUUCUGAUAUGCCCCCUUCCAGUAAUCAUCCUUCCGAUUCCAAACGUGAUCCACGAAGGGAUCCUCGUCGACUUGAUCCAAGGCGUAUGGUGCCACCUGUUGAAGUUCCACCACCAUCUUUUGUCGACAGUAAUACAAGUGAUCAUGCUUUACAACCUGAUUUUGAUGAUUCUAGUUCUUUCAGUCAAACCCCUGUGCCGCCAUGUCAGCAUAGUUCCGAAAGUGUUUCAGUAUCUCCUAUGCCGGAAACUGCAACUGAUUUGAAUUUGUUGGAAUGCUCUGUAAAAUUAGAAGCUGGUCAAUCAACUCCCAAAGUUGAAGUUCGGGAUACGGAAGCCAAAGAGAUUAUAACAGAUUGUAAAGGAAAUGCUGCUUUGGAUACUCCCCUGUCCACUCUCAGCAAAAUUGAGGACACUGUAGCACAGACAUCAUUGGAUGCCAUAAUGCUUGAUGAGGCUUAUUCGCCAUCAUCACAAGAAAUGGAUGAACUUUCACCACCUAUUUCAAAUUUGGAGGCCUCUGAUGUUGAAUUUGAUCAGUUGGCUCUGCUUCCUCCUUACAUGGAGCUAAAUGAAGAUCAUCAAAGAACUGUGAUUAAACUGGCUCUUGAACGAAUAAUUGAUGCUUACCAGAAUAUUCAAAGAACAGAUUUCAUGCAGACACAAAUGGCAUUGCUUGCUCAAUUGUUUGCUCAGAUUGAGGCCGGUUCGGAUGUGGUUAUGAUGAUGCAAAAACGAAUUUUAACAGACUAUGAAGAGCAAAAGGGACACGAGCUUGUAAUGCAUGUUCUCUAUCAUCUAAGAGCUCUUAUGUUGUCAGCUUCGUUUCAGAACUCUUCAUCUGCUGCUUCCUUGUACGAAAACUUCCUUCUGGAAGUGGCAAAAUCUUUGUUAGAUGCUUUCCCAGCAACUAAUAAAUCAUUUAGUCGACUUCUUGGAGAGGUUCCUUAUUUACCUGAAUCUGUAUUGAGGCUGCUGGAUGAUUUAUGCACUCGAAGUCAUUCUGGAGUAGAUGGUCGUGAUGGUGACCGUGUCACUCAAGGCCUUGGUGUUGUUUGGAGCUUGAUUUUGGGCCGGCCACUCAAUCGUGAAGCCUGUUUGGGGAUAGCUCUGAAGUGCGCUGUUCACUCACUGGAUGAUAUUCGAGCAAAAGCUAUCCGUCUGGUGGCUAACAAACUUUACUCGAUGAGCAACGUUGCUGAAAACAUUGAAGAGUUUGCGACAAAUAUGUUCUUGUCGGCUGUAGAACAGCAUGUUUCAGAGACAGGGAUUUCACAAUCUGUAUCAGACAAACAAAGAAUAAGACAGGUGGGAAGCCAAGAAACAUCUGUAAGUGGUUCUCAAAUUUUACAUCCUGGGGUUUCAGAAAAUGACACCAUUAAGGCUGCCGAAGAAUCCACCUCUGAUUCAGCAAUUUCAUUUUCUCAAGCACAGCGACUCAUCUCAUUGUUUUUUGCAUUAUGUGCAAAGAAACCAAGCCUUCUCCAACUUGUGUUUAAUAGUUAUGCACGUGCACCGAAGGCUGUUAAGCAGGCUGUGCAUCGUCAUACCCCUGUUCUUAUAAGGGCUCUGGGUUCAUCAUAUUCCGAGUUGCUUCAGAUAAUAUCUGAUCCGCCCCAAGGAAGUGAACAGCUACUGACACAGGUGCUUCAUGUAUUAUUUGAACCUCCACCUGAUUUAGUUGCCACUGUCAAACAAUUAUAUGAUACCAAACUGAAGGAUGCUUCUAUUCUUAUACCAAUACUAUCAUCAUUUUCAAGAGAUGAGGUUUUACCUAUUUUUCCUCGUCUUGUCAACCUUCCAUUGGAAAAGUUUCAGACAGCGCUGGCUCAUAUCCUACAGGGCUCUCCUCAAACAGGUCCAGCAUUGACACCAGCAGAAGUCUUGGUAGCUAUUCAUGACAUCAUUCCUGAGAGAGAUGGUCUUCCACUCAAAAAGAUCACAGAUGCUUGCUCGGCUUGUUUUGAACAGCGGACUGUUUUUACACAACAGGUCCUGGCAAAGGCCUUAAACCAGAUGGUUGAUCAAACUCCUCUCCCGCUGCUCUUCAUGAGAACUGUAAUCCAAGCAAUUGAUGCAUUUCCAGCACUGGUUGAUUUUGUCAUGGAAAUACUGUCCAAACUAGUGAACAAACAGGUGUGGCGAAUGCCAAAAUUGUGGGUUGGAUUCUUGAAAUGUAUCUCGCAAACGCAGCCACAUUCAUUCAGUGUAUUGUUACAGUUGCCAUCACCACAGCUUGAAAGUGCUCUGAACAAAUAUUCUAAUCUUCGCAGUCCUCUUUCAGCUUUUGUGAACCAAUCUAAUGCUAGAUCCUCACUCCCCAGGUUCCAGAUGGCUGCUGCUGGUUCUACAGGUGAUAGCUCAACUGCUGGUGCUGCUGGAGAGGCUUCUUCUCUGCUGAAAUACUGUAUUAUUGCUGCUGUGGACCUAUGGAUCUGCUUUUGCCGCUUAAGGGCUGAUAUGUUGCUGAUGAUAGUGUGAAUCUGCUGGAUCAAACAAAGGAUUGAUUACAGAGUAGACAAUAGGAUUUGGAAGAUAUUGCAAUAGGAAUUGCUCUAUUGUAUCAAUGGAUUUGAUUAGUUCAAUGAAAAGAGAGCUUAAAUGUAACAAUCCUAGGCAUUCGAGAGGCCUUGGUUCUCUCCACUAUUUUCUCAACAUCUCAGCCCAUGAAUAUACUCACAUAUCCCCCUUAUUACAUUUAUAGCCCUUCCCUCUAUAGCACUAUUUCUCAUUUUCUCCCUUCUACUGAUUAGUGAACAUUCUAGAAUAGUAGAUGAUGUGGCUGCAACUAUGUUGGUAUUUCUGAACCGGAUUGGGGUCUAUAAAAAUAUAUGGAAGGUGGGUACUGCCUGAAAUUUCAGAAUAUUAUAAAUUAGUCCUUGUACAUUUUGAAAAGUUGAAUACAGUCCCUAAACUUUUAGAUUGCAGCUAGUUAGUUCUUUCAAGUGCCCUUCAGUGUUUUCUGAUCGAUUUUUACUACUAUUGGAUACUGUGAGACCGUUCUCGUCACACAAUCUUGGUUGAGCCAGCCAUCUAGUAAGCCCUAGACGUCUGGCAAAUUAAUGAUCUUCCUCAGUUGAUAUUCUUCAGUUUGUUUAAUUAAGUUGCUGCCCUGCUGAAUCCCUGCCUGCAGACUUAACUGUAGGCUGCUGCGAUGACCCCCGCUCUGGAUUAAGUGCUGUAGCAGAAUGUGGAGGUGUUAGUGCUCUGAUUGUUGGGUGAUAAUUUCUGUAGCGAGAAUUAGGAAGAUAAAUUGAUGCAAAAUAGAUGAACUAGCUAUUGAAUUGUACUGAUGAUGUGAUUUUUAUAUAACAAGAACUGA